AUGGAUAGACAACAACUUCAAAAAGAAUUGAAAUCUAUUUGCAAUGAAUACUCUGCCUUUUUCCUAGAAUCACAAUUGUUCUUGGACGAUCCUUUAAGUGCUGACCAUUUGAGAGUUGAAACAUUGGAAGGAAUUACCAUCAAGGUAACUGUUGAUUUAGCAGGCUGGCAUCAAUUAGGUGCGAGCUCAACACAACAUUAUGAGACUUUUGAAGCAAUGAUGCAGACUCUUAGUCCUUCAUUUAAAGAAAGUUUCGCAAAUGCCCUAAUAGACAAAUUGAACAAGCACCUUGCUUGUUAA